GGGGGUGUCAUGGCCCAAUCAUGUUGUCUUCCUCGGACUGUUUGGUGCUUGGCGGGGGACAAUGUGAACCUGAACCAACAGCUUCCCAGUGUCCAGACCCAACUCCCAAGUCUUGCAAGUCCUCGCAAAUUCUUUUCUGGUCGUCCCCAAACUCAACCAACGAUGAUGAUGGCACUUCGACAUGCCCUUACUUGGCUGCCACCCAGCUUCCCCGUUGUCGCGGCGAUAGCUGCCAUCGUCCUCGCCGUCUUCAUCAACACGCUUGCGACACCAAGAAGAGCAGACCCGCGGGAACCACCUCUUCUGAAACCCACCAUCCCGUUCAUCGGACACAUCAUCGGGUUGAUCCAACACCAGGCAGAUUACCACCGAAUUCUACAUCGCAAAUCCAAGCAGCCAAUCGUCACACUUCCUAUGCUCACAGGAAAGCUGUACGCCAUCUUUGACCCCUCCUUGAUCUCAGCCGGCCUCAAGAACAAGCACCUCUCAACGAAACCCCAGGUCAGAGCUGCCGUCGCGCCGUUGAUAAAAGCCAGCAAAGGCACCGUCGACCUCAUGAUGAGCGAGCAGGGCGACGUGCUUCAAGACCGCAUAAUGCUGCACGCCAUCCCGACUAGUUUCUCUGGGGAGCUGCAGCAAAGUUUUAUCGAGGCCGCCUUGCAAGAAGCCACGACACCACCGGUGUAUGGCAAGCACCAGGACCCUUUCUCCCAGGACCCGAGCCUGCUGCAAUCUUUCUGGGACUACAACGAGUCCAUCAUGGUGCUGAUGAUGGACAUCCUGCCGUCCUUCAUCGCCAAGAAAGCCCACCUCGGGCGUAUAAAGCUAGCCCAAGCCUUGACUCCUUACUACUCUUCCCAGGCAGAACAGCACCCUGCCGCCUCUGCCCUUGUUCGUCUUCGUGCGCAGGAAAUGCGCAACGCCGGUCUCCCAGUGGAGGACAUCGCCAAGAUUGAAAGCCUCCUCCCUCUCGCAGCAAUGACCAACACCGUCCCGACUCUGUUCUGGUUCUUUAGCCAUGUCUUCACACGGCCGGCUCUCGUCGAGCAACUCAGGAAAGAAGUAGAAGACAACUUGCUCACCAGAGACGGCCCCAAAGCAAAACUGGCCGUCUCGUCAGCUGUGCUCGAAGAGAAAACACCUUUCCUGUGGAGCUGCUACAGAGAAACCCUCCGUCUCACCGUCCACCAAAUCGCCACGAGGACGGCGAUGCAAGACACGACUAUCACGUCCCCUAAGACGGGACAAACAUAUUUUCUCGCAAAGGGAACCGUGGUUCAAAUGUCGAUUGGGGCAUCUCACUUUCUUCCGGAAUACUGGGGGGAGAAGUACCUAGAUUUCAAGCCUGAUCGGUUUUUGGGGUUAACGAAGGAAGAGGAGAGGGCGCUCAAGGUGGCUCAUCAGCCGUUUGGCGGUGGAUUGCAUCUCUGUCCGGGGAGGCAUUUUGCCUUGGCGGAGAUGAUGGCUGUCAUGACGACAUUGCUGGUUGGGUUUGAGGUUGGGGGUCUGGAUGGGGAAGGGGAGUGGAGGGAGCCUGGGAGGGGGACGGCGAGUAUUGUUGAUGCGGCUACCAGGCCAAAGGAUUAUGGGGCGGGUUUUGGGGCGAAGGUUCGGAGGAGGGAGGGGUGGGAGGAUGUUGUCUGGGAGUAUAAGUUUUAA